AUGUCUUUAAGAAGGUUUAGUAGCUUUUCAAUUUUACAGCAUAAAUUACUGAGUAAGCGCUUCACGGAAGCACUCUCGUUGGAAGAGUUCCUUUUUAGAAAGAAGGUUUUAGAAACUUAUAAAGAAGCAAUGAGAUUAUGCUAUAAAAGUCACGAGAAAGAUGAUUUAACAACUUUUCUAAGAGAUGAAUUUAAAUUGAAUGCACAGCAAAAAGAUUUGACAUACCGGAAGUACUUAUUCAGUAUGGGCAUUCAGAGAAUCGACCAAUUGACUUAUUUACUAGGAGACAAUAAUAAAAGUAAAUGA